UACAGUAUUAAUAAGUUAUAAGAAAAUUAACAUAAACUCAAAAUGAGAAAUUUAUUUUUAAUAUCAAUAUUUUUAAUAUUAAUAAUCACCGUAUUUAAACCGGUUCAAUUGCUAUCUAUUCCGAUUCCAGUAGAUCCAAUUGAUGAUGUUGAUCCAAGUAUUAAACAAGAUGCAUAUUUAACUACUCCACAAUUAUUAAAAAAAUAUGGAUAUCCAGCCGAAGUUCAUAAUAUGGUAACUGCUGAUGGUUAUAUUUUAGAAAUGCAUCGUAUACCGCGACCAGGUGCUAUUCCAGUUUAUUUGCAACACGGUAUUAUGGAUUCAUCCGGUGGUUGGGUUAUUAUGGGUCCUCAUUCAGCUUUUGCAUAUUACCUGUAUGAUCAUGGAUAUGAUGUUUGGAUGGGAAAUUGUCGUGGUACAAGAUAUUCAAGAAAUCAUACACAUUUAAGUUUAAGAAGUAAAGAAUAUUGGGAUUUUACAUUCCAUGAAAUGGGAACAAAUGAUUUACCAACAAUGAUUGAUUAUGUUAUCGAAAACAGUGGUUUCAAGAAAAUCCAUUAUGUUGGUCAUUCACAAGGUACAACAGCAUUUUGGGUAAUGUGCAUGUUACGACCCGGUUAUUGUGAUAAAGUUAUAACAAUGCAAGCUAUGGCACCAAUUGCUCAUAUGGAACAUACUAAAAGUCCACUUAUAAAAGCUAUUGCACCAAUGACAGAUUUUGCUGAAACUCUCAUGAAACUAUUAGGAAUGCAUGAAUUUUUACCAAAUACAGAAAUUAUGAGAUUAGCUGGACAAGUACUUUGUCAUGAUGAAGCUGUUACACAAAUUUUAUGUACAAAUAUAAUAUUUUUAGUAAGCGGUUACAAUUCCGAACAAUUGAAUACAACAAUGUUACCAGCUAUUCUAGGACAUGUACCAGCUGGAACAUCAUCAAAACAAUUUAUUCAUUAUGGACAGAUUGUUAAUGCAAAAGGUCGUUUUCGAAUGUUUGAUUAUGGUACAAUUAAAAAUUUAGCAAGAUAUGGUACAUUUAAACCACCAUCAUAUGAUUUAAGUAAAGUUACAGCACCAGUUGCAUUACAUUUUUCAAUGAACGAUUGGUUAGCUGAUACAAAAGAUGUAGCAAAAUUACAAAAUGAAUUGCCAAAUAUUAUAAAAGAAUAUUUAGUACCGCAACCUAAAUUUAAUCAUUUAGAUUUUAUACUUGCUAUUGAUAGUCGUACUUUAGUUCAUGAUGGUGUUAUAAAAAGUAUGAAGGAAUAUGAAACCAAGGGAAAUUUAAUUCUAAAAAAAAUAUUAUGAAAUGUGCAAAAAGAAACAAAAA